AACUGUCAAACUCAAAAAUAAAGCAAAAUAGCAUGCAUUCUUGUUUUGUAAUAUCCGUACUGCUGUUACAAUAAUAAACUGGUGUCACGAUAGUUAAAAGAAAGUUAUACAAAUCUUCUGAUAGUAACGUCUCAGGUAGAAUGUCCGAAACGAAGGAAUUACAGACUGAUGAACGCGAAGCAUUGUCCUCGAUUUAUGAAGGUGAUAGUUCCUUCAAGCAGAUUAGCGCGGAUGCGUUUCAAUACAAAUAUGGAGAAGAAGAAGGUACCAAGUCUUUCCUAUUGGAAAUUUGUUGGCAUGAUACCUAUCCAAAUGAACUUCCCACCAUCAACAUGGAUACGUUCUACAACCGAAACAUCUCACGUGCUGUCAAGGACAAGAUCAUAACAAUCCUGAAGGAAGAGGGUGAACAGUGGCUGGGCUGUGGCAUGACGUACACAUUAUUUGAGUGUCUUAAAGACAAGGUGGACGAGCUGUUGAUGGAUGAAAAUUUCAACUGUGAAACUGAUCAACAGAUCAUUGGCACCAACCAUCAACGGGAACCGGAACAGGGCAGUUCGGAUGAAGCGGAUGCCGAUGAGAGGGGGACCAACACUGGCGGCACUGGUGGUGGAGGAGGAACACAGAAGAAAGAACAGCUGACCAAGGCACAGAAGCGGAAACAAUGGGACCGAGUGGAUAACAAAGGCAAUCGACCGAGGGGUUGGGACUGGGUGGACAUUGUGAAGCAUCUGUCACAGACUGGCGGAAAGGUGGAAUGAAAUGGAUAGUGGUGUUUUUUGGUAUUCUGAAAAAAAAAGACGUAUAAUUUUAUCAUGAUCA